CCUGGCUCCCUUUUCGCAGCGAUCGAUCGUCUCCGACAAUGCGCCAGGUAUGCUGCGCUCGCGAUACGCGAGCACAUCGAGAAUUCCCUGGCGCCAUUGCGCAGUGAUGAUCGCGUCACGGAGCGGGCUCGUCCCGAAAUGAGAAAGCAAACGCUCGAUCUGGCACAACAAGCUCAAGUCGCGGCUUGUUUGUACCUCGGAUUCGAUCCACACGAGAUAAAAUACAACCAGCAUGUUUGGCAAAAGAAUCUUGAAGCUCAGUACUCCAGACCACUGGAGCUCCAUUUACAUCACCACCACCACCACUACAUGGACAAGCCAGGCUCCAGAAACUUAGCAGACAUAGACAAGAGCUCGAAAAAAAGUGAGGCACUUCUGGAUGCUCCAAAGGCAGAGUUCUUUGUAGAGGAGAAUAGCUGCCAUCAGGAGAUGAUCUUAAGAAGGGAUAUGGAAUCUCUUGCUUACGCGGAUACGAACUAUAACACCGGCACCUUGGGGUACGUGCCGCCUAGCAGAGGGAACCCGGUUCUACUACAGGAGUGGGACGUAAAUUCUGGCACAGAGACCGACUAUGGAAGUCACUACUACAUGUCGUCGUCCAAGACCGAGCGAGUAGCGACGAGUGUCAAGCGGAAGAAACACUCUAGCGAACAGCAGAAUCCGACGAUAGGUUCACGUCCGGAUUGGAGCUGUGAAUCCAGAGUAGACACCUGCUCGCGCUCAGACUAUGACGAACCCAGCAUUCCGGAGCACAACUUUAGAAACAGCCCUUCACCGACUUGCAGAAUAAACCACGAGCAACUUGGUGCUGGUCAGUUCGUGAUGAGACGGUCGAUUCCAAGAGCAGAACUAGCAAUCAGUCGGAUGAAUGUUCGGGAGAACAAUCUCUUUGUCGAGGACAACGCAAGGCUUGAACACCUCCCUCAGGCUUUAGAGGCACAACCGCGGGUUCAUAGCGUUAAUCUUAAUGAAGAGGAAACAAAAAAGGAAACUUUGAGACUUCAACAGUUGCUGGCACAUGAAAAGAUGAAAGGGGACGCGUACCGGAAUCAGCUGCUAAGUGUUCAAAAAAAGUACAGAGCACUUUCCGAGGAAAUGCAGGAAGAAAAACAUGAAACACCGCGUUCAACAACGAAAGAAGAGAAGAAUCAUGUUCAUGAUCGACCUGAGACGCCCUCAGGCGACGAUACUCCUAGGAGCUGUGAUUCCCGAAAAAGCUCCGGCAAGGCCUUCGAAAAUGUAUCAAAAGGCUCUGAGAGUCUUGAAAGUAAGACGGUCAUGGAAGGCCGUUCUAAUGAUGCUGAAAACGAUCUCAAUGAUCUCUUACGAAAUUUCAGCAAGCUUCUGGACAAGAAGUUGAAAGAGGAGAUGUUCGUAAAAGUUACCAAAGCAAUUGAGUCUGUUCUCGACAACGGUUGCUCAACAGAACAGAGCGGAAACAAAACGGGACUCGUCAAUAAACCGGAGGUUAGAAAGCCGACUCCGGAAACAAAAAAUGACUUGGCCUUCCAAUCUUGUGGCUACGAGAGGCCAGCUAGUUGCGACGAUCAACCAGAACAAAAAUCGAAAAGAAACAAUUCGUCCUGUGCUCCCAAUGGUUAUUCCAACGUUUAUUUAUCUCCUGUUUAUGAAGAACAAAGACAUUACAGCGAUCAUGACCGAUAUAGAACAAGUUCAAGCCAUAAGGAUGCAGACAAGGAUUAUUCACUCGAGAAACCGGAUCAUCGUAACUUGGAGAAAUCCUUUGUGGCAGGAGAACAAGGUGACAUCUGCUCUUUUUUAGCCAUCUCGUUUUUCUACACUGUUUCAAAUCAGGAAAAACAGGAUGCGACUAACAGACACAACGCAGGGAACGAGUUCAAGGUUUCAGAGCUUUCUGAAGAAGUCAAGGCAAAAGAAAAAGCUCUCCACCACGCCGAGGAAGUAAACCAGCAGCUAGCGAGUGAAAUGUCCAAAACCGAGACGGCACUUUCGCUACUUCGACUUCACUGCACUGAUCUGAAGACAUCGCUGGAGGCCGAGGUGGAAGAAAGCAAAGGCGACAUACAAUUGUUAGAGAAAACGAUAAUGCAAUUGAAAGAAGACUUGACAAAGAGCGUAUGCAAAGGGGCGACUCUGGCAGAAGACUUGAAAAAGAGCGAGUCAAAAGUAGCGGUGCUGGAAGACGCUGUGAGCGGCAAAGACUCGGAAGUUCAAGAGGUAAAAAAGAAAAUGUGUGGGAUACAGAAGGAAGCGGAUGAAGCUCUGCUUGAAAAGUACGAGCUUGUCAAGCGGGUGCACGAAUUCAAGCGAGACGCGAAUGAUCAAAAGCAACGGAUAGACGAGCUAGUCGGGAUCAACGACGAGCUUUUAGUCUUUGCUCAAGGGAAAGAAGCAGAGGUCGCGUCAAACUCUGCGCAAAUCAAAGCUCUCCAAGAAGAAAACGGGAGGCUGGCAGCAGCAGUCACGCAGGCCACCGAGAAACUUAAAGAGAAGGACGAUCUUAACUUAGAAUCCGAUCCCCUGCGUACAAAGCUAGCAGACACCGAGUACGAGCUCUCAAGAUUGAGCUCGCAGCUCUCGUCCACCAUUGAAAUCCAGGACAAGAACGCUGAGGAAGCCGAGCAGCUACGAGCAAAGCUCAGAACCUCCGAGCUCGAGGCCGCCAAGAAAGACGACGAGAUCCACCAGUUGAGGGUGGUCGUCCACGAUCUCCGGAUCAAGCUGACGAAGAUGGAGGCGCAGGAAAUCGAGGACGAUCUGAGACUGCUCGAGGGGCUCGACACCAAAGCUGGACGAGGAACCAAGAGUUGCGACGAUGUUUUCAGCAUGCUCCAGAGCUCCGGGGACAUGAGGUGGAAGGUCCAGCAGCUGGAAGAAGAGAUCCUCGAGAAAGACGGCCAGAUCGCCAUCCUGAGGAGCUCUUUUCCGGAAGAAUACGACUCCAUCUUCUAG